AUGGUGAAAAACGUCCGUCAGGUCAAUUGUCCCAUCACUAUUAAACAAUUUGGUCUUGGCCAGUCAAACCCCACGUAUUUAGUCAUAGGCAUUGAUGACACCCGGGCAGUAUGUCGAAAAAACCCACCCGGGGAGCUGCUCUCGAAGAUGACACACAACGUAGAACGGGAACAUCGAGUCCUCCACGCUCUAAGGAAGACAGAAAUCCCAGUACCAAUCCCUUACUGUUUAUGCGAGGACAACAGUGUUCUUGGAAUGCCCUUCUACUUUAUGAGUUUUCUGGAUGGUCGACUCCAUGAGGAUGCUGAGCUUCCACUAGUAAGCCCUGAAGAACGCCAGGAAAUGUGGCAUGAUGCCGUCCGAACGCUGGGGAAGAUUCACCUCAUCAAUAUCUGGUCCACUGGACUCAAGACGUUUGGCAAAUCUUCGAACUUCUAUAAUCGGCAAAUCGCAACAUUUACACGUAUGAGUGAUACCCAAUGCAAAGUUAUUGAUGUUGAGACCAAACAACCAGUUGGUAAAAUUUCCCAUUUCGAUGAGAUGGUGAGCUUCUUCAAAGACAAGAAGUUGCAGCCUCAUGAUCGAGAAACCCUUAUCUAUGGGGACUUCAAAAUGGACAACGUUUUCUUUCAUAACUCUAAGGCAAGGGUAAUUGGAGUAUUGGAGAAUAACCAAGGGCAACCCACAUUCCAAGACGGCAUUACAUUAGGCAUGCCAACCUAUUCAACCAUUCUGAAAUGGUACAACGAAGAAGUUGGCUGGGAUGUGGAGCAUGAAUCAGGUUGGGCCAGCGCUUUUGCUAUCUUCAGUCCUGCUGUUAUCACGCAAGGUAUUGCGGCACGGCGUGCAUUGCGGCAGACGAGCAGCAUAAAGCGGAAUGAGCUUGCGUACCGCAUGGUGCAGAACCUGAUACAUCGUGGGAAGUCAAAAUCGAAGAUAUGA